CGCCUCUAUCGCCACCGUGUGGACUGGUGCGUACACGCGUUAAAUAAGAUUUGUCUCAACGAGGAAAUGGACCAACAUCACAUCGAAAGCCUCAGAAGGCACUAGAGGGCAACUUGGGCCUGGUAGGCUGUCGUGAUUGGUCGUUGUGGCGGCGGGACCGUUGUUGUGUGUGAGCUGGUCUCCUUGUUUUCGUUCGCAACCUUUUCAGUCCAGCAGAAGCUAGUAAGUCCCAAGAGACCAAAGAGUGCAUAUGUGUGCUGACCAAUGGGGGACAGCGAUGAUGAAUUCGACAGGAGGCGGCGAGACAAGUUCCGAAGAGAGCGAAGUGACAUGGAGCGAUCUCGCGAGCGAGAAGAGAGGCGCCGCGAUGACUGGCCAGACAGGGACUGGGAGCGCGGCAGAGAGAGAAGACGGGACUACGAUCGCGGUCGCAGAGAGAGGUUUUCGCCGCCAAGACAUAUGAGCCCUCAGCACAAGCGCAUGAGGAGAGACUGGGAUGACCACCGGGGUGAGCCAUACCGCUUCGAGCAGCCCUUUGGAGGAGGCGGAGCUCUGUUCCCAAGGGUGGGACCUCAGGGCUGGCCGCCAGACAUCCCCCAACUGCCCAUGCAUCAUGGAGCUCACCCACUUCAGGGCAGGUUGGCGAUGGUCGAUCCUGACCUGCCGCCCCCGGGACCCCCGACCAUGAGGAGUUUCAAGGACUUCCUACUAAACACAGAGGACAGCGUUGAUGAGACGGAGGCGGUGAAGCGCUACAAUCAGUACAAAGUGGACUUCCGACGCCAGCAGCUGCAGGACUUCUUCGUCCAGCACAAAGAGGAGGAGUGGUUCCGCUCCAAGUACCACCCUGAAGACAUCACAGCCCGGAAGGCGGAGUCCUUGGCCGCUCUCAAACACCGUCUGGACGUGUUUCUCUUUCUGUGGGACAACAAGUGGCUGGAGGAUAUGUCGUUGGACAUGGAGCACACCACUGCCAUCAUCAAAGUGCUGGACGCAGCCGUCAUCAAAAUGGAGGGCGGCACAGACUUGGACCUGAAGGUGCUCGAGCCCAGCGGGGAGCACGCCAGCGGCGGUGGAGGCAAUUCGGUGGCGAGUCCGAGUAAGGAGCCGGCUGGCGGCGAGGCGGGGAAGACCCGAAGUGAGGUGAGAAUACAAUUUUGCAGAAUUAAAAUACGAGUAAAUGGCGCUGACGAUUUCACGCCUCAGAAGGAUGAGGACGCCAAGCACAAUGGGGAAGACGAGGACGAGGAAGAGGAGGAGAAGGAGCAGAAGGAAGAAAAGGAGGCCAAGAAAGGCCGAAAGAGGAAGCGCAGCAUGUCGGCUGACAGCGGCGAAGGCUCGGCCUCCGACUCCUCGCACUCCGACGGCGAGAAGGAGCCCGCGUUGCCGGCCGUUCCCCGGCCGCUGCACCUCACCACCUCACUCUUCAUCAGGAGCGUCCCGCCAGACGCCUCCAAAGAAGAGAUCGCUGCAAUGUGUCGCAGGUACUCGGGCUUUCUGCGGGUGGCGCUGUCAGACCCUCAGCCAGAGAGGGGGUUCUUCCGACGGUGCUGGCUGACGUUCGACCGCGGCGUCAACAUCAAGGAGACCUGCUGGAACUUGCAGAAUAUUCGGCUCCGAGACUGCGAGCUGUCUCCGGUGGUCAACCGCGACUUGUGUCGGCGCGUCCGCAGCGUCAACGGGCUGACUCAGCACAAACCCGUGGCCAGGAACGACGUCCGCCUGGCCGCCAGGCUGGUGCAUACGCUGGACCAAAGGGCGGAGCUUUGGCAGGAACAGAUGAACACCAACCCUGUCUUGAAGAACAUCACCGAUUACCUCAUUGAGGAGGUGAGUGCCGAAGAGGAGGAGCUGACGGGCGGUGAGGCGGGCGACGCCAAAGACACCGCCUCCUCCGAGGUUACAGUGGAGACGGAUAAAACCUUGUUAAAGGUGCUGGACACACUGCUGAUCUACUUGCGUGUGGUCCACUCGCUGGACUAUUACAACUUCUGCCAGUACCCCGCCGAGGACCACAUGCCUCAUCGCUGUGGACUGAUCCAUGUGCGAGGGCCUUUGCCUGUGGCCAAGAUCACUGCGACCGAAGUGACUGAACACCUGAAGAUGUGCGAGGAGCGUCUGGCUCCUCUGCUGAGUCCGCCCGAAGUGUUGAGUGCAGACGAUGCCGCGCGCCUGGGAAGGAAAGACCCGGAACAGGAAGUGGAGAAGUUCCUGGCGGCCAAUACUCAGGAGCUCAGCAAAGACAAGUGGCUGUGUCCUCUGAGCGGCAAGAAGUUUAAGGCACCCGAGUUUGUCCGCAAACACAUACUCAACAAACACGGCGACAAGGUGGACGCCGUCAGACAGGAAGUGGACUACUUUAACAACUACCUGAUGGACGCCAAAAGACCGGCGCUGCCUGAGAACAAGCCCCCGCCGCCCCCAGCUCAAGCUCCGCCCGCCAGCUUUCCCGCUCAGUCGCCUCAACAGCAAAGCCUUCUGGGAUACCCGCCCGGCAUCAGGCCUCUGCUGCCCGCCUUCCCCAGUGCUCCCCCUUACCCAGCCAACCAGUUUGGGGCCGGCCGCGGUCACUAUGACAAUUUCAGGGGCAACAUGGGCUUCCCGGGCAAACAUCCAAACAACAGGGGUAUGCGAGGAGACCCGCGCUCCAUCAUCGAAUACAGAGACCUGGACGCUCCGGAUGACCUGGACUUCUUUUAAACAACCGGCAACCUUGCUUCCCAGGAUUUCCUCUCUUCUUCUGUGUGUGUGCACUGAGUGCGUGCGUGCGUUAGUGUGUUCCUUCCAGCUGGACCAAGGUCACUUUUGCAAGUCAUGAUAUCAUAAUAAAGAAAACAAUAACCACAA